GCACUGCAUCGACCACGAAACAGAAACAGAAACACAUUUAUCCAUUCACCUAUACACUAAUUCACUUCCCCUCAUUCCAGUCACCCCCAAUCUGCAAGGGCGAUUCACCGCCUUCCCCCUCCAAUCCUGGCGCUUACCUUCCGUCUCCGCACCAUCCUCCUCUCCCUCUUCCUCUUCAUCUCUAUCCUCUCCAUCCUGGCUUCCACCCGCGCAGGCACCAGACUCACCAGUCUCUUCGCCCAAAUCAACCUACGUCCCACAAGCUUCCCCUUCAGCAAGACUCGCCCCUUAACCAACAGCACGAUGGCGCCCUCCCAAUACAAGACCCCGCCCCAAGCCCCUCCCCUCUUCACUGCUACGAAAGACUCCCUCAUCGACGACGCGAGGAAGAUCUGCGGCUCCACGAGAAACCUGCUCGAUAAGCUGGCCAAGGAUAUCAAGCCUGCCCACGCGACGUUCGAGAAUGUGCUGUUGCCGAUGGCGCAGGACGAGGACGCUGCUGCGUUGGAGAACCGCGUGAUUGGGUUCUACCAGGCUGUUUCUACGGAUAGUGAAUUAAGGGAUGCGAGUUCUAAGGCGGAGGAGAUUAUGGAUGAGUUUAAUAUCGAGGCGUCGAUGCGGGAGGAUAUCUUUGCCCUCGUUGAAGGGGCGUGGGAGAAGAGAGAGCAGAGCACGUUGGAUGGGGAGAGUUUGCGGUUGUUGGAGAAGGAGCGGAAGAGCUAUAUUCGGAAUGGGUUGGGGAUUGAGAAGGGGCCGAAGAGGGAUCGGUUUAAGGAGAUUAAGAAGAGACUUAGUCAGAUCCAGAUUGAGUUUCAGAAGAAUCUGAAUGAGGAGAAUGGAGGCAUUUGGUUUACGAAGAAGGAGUUGGAGGGCGUGCCGAAGGAUGUUUUGACGGGCUUUGAGGAGGGGACAGGUGAUAAUGAAGGGAAGUUGAGGUUUACUUUUAAGUAUCCGGAUUUGUUCCCGACGUUGAAGUUUGCGCUGGAUUCGGAGACUAGGCAGAAGGUUUUUAUUGAGAAUGAGAAUAAGUGCAACCAAAAUGUUCCAUUAUUCAAGGAAGCUAUUGUGCUCAGAGAUGAGGCCGCUAGACUUUUAGGAUAUCCGGAUCAUGCCUCAUUCAUCAUCGAGGACAAGAUGGCCAAGACACCAAAGACAGUUCUUGACUUCUUGGGUGAUCUCAAGGAACAGCUUGCUCCAGGUGGCGCAAAAGAGGUCGCUCAUCUUAUGGAAAUCAAGAACGAGGAUCUCAAGGCCAGAAAUAUGGCUCAUGAGAAUGACGGAAAUUAUUAUCUCUGGGAUACGAGAUUCUAUGACCGCAUGAUGGUUGAGAAGGAGUAUUCGAUCGAUGAGAACAAGAUCGCUGAAUACUUUCCACUUCAAUCCACGGUUGAGGGUAUGUUGUCAAUUUUUGAGGAGCUCAUGGGCUUUGUCUUCAUUGAGAUUAGUCCUGAGGAUAGGGCGAAGCUUUCUCCAACCGGGAAGGCUGAAGACAUUUCCUGGCAUGAAGAUGUCAAGAUCUUUAGUGUAUGGGAUGAUGAAGGAGAAGGUGGAAGUUUUGUUGGUUAUCUUUACCUGGAUCUCCAUCCUCGUCCUGGAAAGUAUGGCCAUGCUGCCAAUUUCUCUCUCCAACCAGGAUUCAUCUAUCCCAAUGGCACUCGCCGAUACCCUGCCACAGCCCUUGUGUGCAAUUUCUCCAAACCUACCAAGGAUAAGCCAUCUCUUCUCAAGCACGACGAAGUUGUAACCUUGUUCCACGAACUUGGUCAUGGUAUCCACGAUCUCGCUGGUCGAACGAAAUACUCUCGCUUCCACGGUACAUCCGUCGUCCGCGAUUUCGUCGAAGCACCCUCUCAAAUGCUCGAAAACUGGUGCUGGACUCCCUCCCAACUCAAAUCUCUCAGCAAGCACUACGAGACCGGUGAGAAGAUCCCAGAUGAUUUGAUCGAGAAGCAAAUCAGCGUCAAGCAUGUCAACGACGCCCUAUUCAACCUCCGCCAACUCCACUUUGGUCUCUUCGACAUGAAGGUCCACACUCCCAAGACUCACGAAGAAGUCGAAUCCUUCAAAGUUUCCGAAAUCUACAACACGCUCCGCACGGAGAUCUGCGGCCUCAAAGGCCCAGAAAGUUUUGGCCUGAAGCCAGAUUGGGGUAAUGGCCAAGCAACAUUCGGCCACUUGAUCGGUGGCUACGAUGCCGGCUACUAUGGAUACUUGAGUAGUCAGGUCUAUAGCACGGAUAUGUUCUAUUCGGUCUUCAAGAAGAAUCCUAUGGAUCCGAAGGAAGGGAGACGAUAUCGGCAUACGGUCCUCGAAAAGGGUGGUAGUCAGGAUGAGAUGAAGUCUUUGGAGGAUUUCUUGGGCAGGAAGCCGAGUACAGAGGCGUUCUAUGCGGAGUUGGGGUUGAAGGCUAAGUAGAUUUGGGUGAAUGGGGUGUAUGAUCAGAACAAUAUUAUGGUGGGCUUUGGAAGCAGACGACCGUAUUUGGAGAGACAAAAAUAUGGCUAGAGAGAGCUAUCGUUGAUAUUCAGUAAGCGCAAAUACCGAAGAUUCUACUUAAUAAGCGUUUCUAAUGUGCUUUGUGUUCUUGAUCUACUCUGCAUUAAACAUAGCCAAACUCUUUAAUUUACCAGAG